AUGUCUCAUCUCACCCUCAGCGUGAAGCCUUCGACCCCCAAGACGAUUCUGACGGUGACGAUGUCCUGGAGCGCUUCUUCGUUUUCACUCGCGUCCGACGUCCAGAGGAGCGGCUCGUUCUUUGUGCUCGCGACUGUGUACAUCUGGUCACACAUCUGCGAACGCGACGUGCUCGAAGAGUUUGGCCUCUUCGAAUCAAGCGGACCUGCUGCGCAUGCGCGCUGCGAGUCGCCACCGCCAGCUUCCAUCGUCGAGCUUGAAGAGCUGCAAGCCGCCGACUCGGCAGCAGGCAACGACGCUGCACCUACAUCCGAGCAGCAAGGCGUAUCCGUCGCCGAGCACUCCGUGCCGUCGCAGGACUCAGAAUGUGAUGGCAACAUGGGCGCCGCCAGCGGCCAUGCCGUGCCAGUGCCAGCGUCGCGGCUCGGACAGCGCCUGGCGACGCUCGACCGGCAGUACCUCAAGAAGGCCGGUGUGCGGCGGCUCAAGGAGUACAUCGAGCUCGCCGCGCAGGAGGGCUGCCGCAUUCAGUGGCUCCACGGCGAGCGCGUUGGCACAAUCUGA